AAUACCCAUGCAGGGUACAAACUUCCUUAUUAUAAUCCUCUGGAGAUAGUUUAUCUGAAAAGCAUUUUCUAUGUUUUAGCAUUUUACCUCCUAUAUCCUGUAGUUAAAAAAAUGACAGCCUCCACGGGCAACGAUUCCAAAAGUCAUUCAAGAAAGAGGAACACUAACACUAAUGAUUUUUUUGUUGAUACUCCAGGGAGAAAUUCUAGUGUUGAAAGCACUAAAUCACGUAACAAAAAACAGAUAAGUGCCCUUCUGAUUUGGCCAAUAGUUGUCAUAUUGUAUACAGUCACCUUUGUGUUUCUGCAUGAAUUAAAAUAUAACACAUAUCCUGAGCCAAAAUACUCAACAACACAUGCAGAGAAGGAUCAAUUUUUUGAAGAUGAAGCACGUAAACAUUUGCUGGAAAUGUGUAGCUUUGGACCUAAGCCUGCUGGAAGCAAUGCAAAUGAGGUUAAAACUGUACAAUACAUUGUUAACCAAAUAGAUAUUAUAAGAGAAUCAAAUCAACAACAUUCACCAGUGAAUUCUAUGACAAUUGACAUUCAGAAAGUCAGUGGAUCAUUCCUUUUAAUGAAUUUUGUGCAGACAAACUAUUACUCUGUGUACGAAAAUCUUCAAAAUGUAGUGGUAUUGCUUGAACCACCAAAUACUUCCAAGUCAAGCCUUCUGAUAAACUGCCAUUUUGAUUCAGUAGUUGACAGUCCAGGAGCUGGAGACAACAUUGCUAGCUGUGCUGUUAUGUUAGAACUACUGAGAGUUUUGUAUAUAUCAAAAGAACCUCUAAAACAUAACAUUAUAUUCUUAUUUAAUGGUGCAGAAGAAAAUAUUUUGCAGGCAAGUCAUGGUUUUAUUACACAGCAUCCAUGGGUUCCAUCUAUUAAAGCCUUUAUAAACUUAGAUUCAGCAGGAGCAGGAGGUUGGGAAACAGUCUUUCAAACUGGACCAGAACACCCAUGGUUAGUCAAGGCAUAUGCUGAGUCAGCAUUAUAUCCUUAUGGUUCCAUACUUGGUCAAGAGCUGUUCCAGAGUGGUGUCAUUCCUUCUGAUACAGAUUAUAGAAUAUUCAGAGACUUUGGAAAUCUUCCUGGGUUAGAUAUUGCUUAUAUUGCCAAUGGCUACAUUUAUCAUACACAACAUGAUAAACCACAGUAUAUUCCAUCAGGCAGUAUUCAGAGAGCUGGAGACAACUUGUUGAGUGUGAUCAAACACCUGUGUUCCAGUGAGAAACUUGAGGAUCCUGGUGCAGAUAAGCAUGGGACUAUGGUGUUCUUUGAUUUUCUAGGACUCUUUAUGAUUCAUUAUCCUAGUAGAAUAGGAGCUGUAUUUAACUGUGGACUUCUUGUGAUUGUAACAGUGACUCUUCUGUUGAAAUACAAGAUUAAGACUAAAAGGAUCUUAAGUUAUCAAGAUGUAUCAACAGACAAAACCUUACUACAAGCAUUAGUUCUGUCAUUAGUAUGUUUGAUAUUGUUGUCUGGAGUGGCAGCCAUUGUUGGAGUAACUGUUGACUUACUGGGACAACCUAUGUUUUGGUUCUCAAGGCCAUCCAAUAUCAUACCUGUGUAUGGGGUCAUGUCAAUCACUAUCAUCUUAGCCUACCAUUAUCUGCUGAAAAAUACAAUUUAUAAGACUACACCAGAUUGGUAUGUGGAAUCUCUGUACUAUGAUGCAACAAUGAUCAUAUUCAGUUUGAUAACAUUAUUUCUAACUUACAUGGACUUUGCAUCAGCCUUUUUGCCAAUGUUUUGGACAUUAGGACCAUAUUUAGCCAGAUAUAUUGUUGUGCCUUUUUUCAAAAUAGAUAAUACUCAAGGUCCAUCAUUUUCAUUUAUAUUUAUAACUUUACUGGGUCAGCUCAUCCAAUUGCUAUUCACACUUCAUUCAAUAGAAGCUGUUUAUACCUUGUUUAUACCCAUAGCAGGAAGGGCAGGAGGCAAUUCAUACCCAGAUAUAUUUAUAGCAAUGUUAACAGCUUUUACCGUUCUAAUAUGUAUGCAGUAUUUAGUUGGUUUUGUAUAUUUAUGUUCUAAUAUGAAGCCACUCCUUGCUGCAUUAGGUGUGAUACUAGUUAGUAGUCUCAUAUUUACACAGUUUACUAGUCUUGGAUUCCCUUACAGUAGUAAUGUGGAGAGUCCAACGUCACAGAGAGGACUUUUCUUCCAUAUUAACAGAAACUUCCACAACCAUAAUAGAAGUAUAAACAGAAGUGAUUCAGGGAUAUGGUAUUUGGCAUUUGAUCAAAAUGGUUUCAACUUAAUACAAGACAAUCCAGUGAUCCGUGAUAGCCAUUAUGUCAAGUGUGAGGGUAACUACUGUGGCAUGCCAUACAUGUACCCGCUUAUACAUGUAAUUGACGCUAGGCUUUCAUUAUAUAGCUUAAAACCACCUCCGGUUAUAAAAGUUCCUGUGACUGUAACAAUGACAAAGAAAAUGAUUGUCAAGGACCGUCCAAGAAUAGUCAGAUUUCACAUUGAUGUGACAGGACCAGAUCAUAUGUCCAUAUAUAUUACUCCAGUCCCCGGUGCUGAACUAACAAGAUGGUCUAUUACUAAUGAUUUUGAUCUCUAUCCAACAAGACUGCCUUCAGGUGUUUCAGGAUCUACAUACUUCAUUUACUAUUCUUAUGGAAUAAAACCAGACCAACCAUGGAGUUUCUUUGUUGAUAUAAAGGCACCAGUUGGAUAUCCAGAGGAUAAGCCAUUGGUUGAUAUUGCGUUUAAUGGCCACUACUCGCAUGGUAAAGACAAGACAUCUCCUGAAUUAGAUGAUUUUAAGAAGAGUCUUCCAGAUUGGGUGGUCUCCAUGUCAUGGAUAUGUUCUUAUGAUUCAUAUUUGUUUUGAAAAUUGCUGUGUUUUAUAUAUCAGUUUUCAGGUGUGUAACAGUAUUGUUUUCUAGAAUUUUACAAUUUUUUAUAUUGUGAAUUCAAAUUCAUUUAGACUAAGCUUGAUUCCUGUAUAAAUUAUCAAUUUUAUUUAUGAAACAGUGGGUACCAUUGUGUGAUGUAGGGUCAAUCAGCAUGAGUUUUAUAGAUCACUGUUGUUCAGAGUCAUAAAUCCAACACACAUAUACAUAUCAUUACAAUUUUGUACUUAAAUUUGUCGACAAUCAUGAUUAGGUGAUAUAUAUGUUUAUCCUGUGCCCCAUUUUUAGCCUCAAUCAAAUGUUGUGAAACUCAUACACAAUGCUUAUUACUGGUUACUGUUCUUGAGUCAUGCCCCCUUACAAAUGGAAAAAUUGCUGAAUUUCUCAUUUCCAUUCUCUAACUUCAAUUUGACUCAACCAAAUAUUAUGAAAUUAUACACAAUACUUAUUACCACAAAACUCAGAUCAAGAACAAAUUUAGGUAGUGUGACUUUUACCGUUUUUUCAGUUAUGUCCCUUUAUAACUUUUUAUGACAUGCAGGCAGGGGCAUCAUAUGUGUCCCAUGGAAACAUUCCCAAUAUUGUUUUUUAAAGUUAAUAGGAGGAGGGGGUAUUUUGGAGGUAAGUGGGAAUUUGAGACUUCUUGUCCAUCCACUCAAUGGUGAUAUGGCAUUGAUUUACCAUUGGUACGGUCAAAUUAUAAAGUGGAUCUAAUAGCUGAUAUUUUAAACUUAAGAUUACAGACAUCAUGAGUGAUAUCAUAAUAUGUUACUACUGUAUUAUUAUAAUGUAAAACAAAAUCCAUUAACAUUAUGAUGACCUUUAUACUUUGGCAACUCUUUUAUUUUGCAUUUAGGUCAAUUGAUAGCAUUUUACAUGGUGGACAUCUUGAAUGUGGACACAUACUGAAUGUGUCUGUGAUAAAUUUGAAAAAUAAAUAAAUCCUUUGAUUUUAAAAUCCAUUCAUUGUCGUUGAAAAAAUAUCACCAGUUUAUCUAUUUCCAAUAUCCUAGUCACUUACACUGAAUACUGAUAAGUUGAUAAGUCCUAAUAUCCUAAACACUAUUACACUGAGCAGUUCAUAAGUCCCAAUAUUCCAUACAUGAAUACAGUUAGGUCCCAAUUUCCCAUACACUAAGUUAAAAACUCACAAGUUCAUAAGUCCCAAUAUCCCAUACAUGAAUACAGUUAGUUAUUAAGUCCCAAUUUCCCAUACACUAAGUUAAAAGCGCAUUAGUUCAUAAGUCCCAAUAUCCAAAGUAAUUACACUUCAAAGUUCAUAAAUCCCAAUUUCCCAUACACUAACACUGAGCAGUUCAUAAGUCACAAUAUAGGCAAUACCCAUUCUCCAGCUGCCAUCUCUACCUCAAUGUUUUGCUAGUAAUGCAAGUACUGUCUCCGUACUUUAGUGUGAUAGAACAAUUUCAAUGCAUAAAGUGCCUACUGUUCAUGAUACAGGUGAAAUGUUUAUGCUGUUUUAUUUAUUUUAUUUAUUAGAUUUUUCAUGUUGAAUGUGAUUUUUUAAAGUUUAAAAUUAAAAUUUACGUGUAUAGUUGCUUAUAAAAUUUGAUAUUCCUGUUUACUUAAUUAUAUUUAUAUUGUGUUCAUAUCAAAUUUGUUAGAGAUUUUUGUAUAGUGCUAAAUGUAUGUUAUAAUGUUGAAUUUAAUUUAUUUUAUAGUAAGAAUGGAUAAAUUAUUGCAUUUGUAGAUUUAUUAGAGAUAAAUGUGUUUUUAUUCAAAAUAGAUAACUUUCUGAGUAUCUAAAUUAUAUUAGGAUGCUGAAUAAUUUUCAUUCACUAAUUUUUCCUAAGGAUUCCAUCAUUUUGAUUGGCAGACAACAACAACAUUGAUGUUUCAAAGUGAUGUUUUAUUUUCCAAUAAAAUGCUAUGUUCAUGAUUGGAAGCCUGUCUAUGCUGUCCAUGUGACCACAUUUGGUAUGAAUUAAAGUAACACAAAUAGAACCCAUUGACUAUACUCUGUUUUUUUGUGUUUUAAAAUUGUCAAUCUGACAUGUGUCAAUAGAUUAGAUCAGGUUUAGAAUUAUUGGU